UCUGUGGAGGUGCUGGUUAGUGUGUCAGCUCUUUUCCCUCCCUCUCAUCUCUACUGCUCUUUCUACUUUCUCCUUUUUUAAAGUUACAGUCUCUGGGGAAAUAUAGUUAUGGAUCUGAAAGAGUUUUGCUUGAGUGAAAACUUCCAUUUUCUAAACCAGCAUGAUCUUUUAGAUGCGUCAUCCACCGAUGAUCCUCCGUCCCCCGCGGAUCCGCCGGUUAAAGCCAGCCCUCAGAGCCCGUCGUUCAGCUGCGCGACGCCGUUCAGUCCCGGCAGCACCUCGGACAGCAGCGGAUACAGUCUCUUCUCCCAGACUCGUCUGAACCCGGACUCUCCCGUCAGCUCCAGCUCCAUCUCCAGCUCUGUCUACAAUCCCGUCAUCCUCAGCGGCGACUACAUCCCGUCACUGAACCCCGGGCCCAAACGCUUGUGUCUGGUGUGCGGAGACUUCGCGUCCGGUUAUCACUACGGCGUCGCGUCCUGCGAGGCGUGCAAGGCCUUCUUCAAGAGAACCAUUCAAGGAAACAUCGAGUACAGCUGUCCUGUGGUGAAUGACUGUGAGAUCACUAAGAGACGACGGAAGUCAUGCCAGGCGUGUCGAUUUCAGAAGUGCCUGCGCACCGGCAUGAUGAGAGAGGGUGUGCGCAUGGACCGUGUAAGAGGCGGCAGACAGAAAUACAAGCGCAGGCUGGAUUCAGGCACCUCUGUCUUCACCAGAACACCUUACACACAUCCAGGCAAAACAAUCCGAAACAAAGUCAUCUCUCAGCUCCUGGUUUCUGAACCAGCCCCACUGCGAGCUGCUCCUGACCCCUCGAGCCCCGACAGUGACCUUAAAACACUGCUGACCUUAUGUGACCUUUUAAACAGAGAACUGCUGGUCGUGAUUGGCUGGGCAAAACACAUUCCAGGAUUCUCCGGUCUCUCAUUGGUGGAUCAGAUGGCCCUGCUUCAGAGUGGCUGGAUGGAGACGCUGGUGCUGAAUGUGGUGUGGAGGUCUCAGGGUUUGACCGAUGAACUUCAGUUCACAGAGAACAUGCGACUGAACGAGAGCCAGUGCAGCGCCGCGGGACUGCAUGAUCUCUACACAGCACUGCGACACCUCGCCUCCAAAUACCAACAAAUGGGCUUGAACCAGGAGGAGAUGGUCACUCUCAAAGCCAUGUCUCUGGCCAAUUCAGAUGCAGAGAACGUAGAGGGCGCAGAUGCCGUGCAGAGUUUCCAGGACGCUCUCCACGAAGCCCUCCAGGACUAUGAGAGCAGUCAGAGACCCUCCGAGUCUCAUCGUGCCGGGAGAUUGCUCAUGACCCUGCCGCUGUUACGGCAGACUGCUCACAGAGCCGUCCGCUGCUUCUGUCGGCUAAACACUGAGGGCCACGUACCAAUGCACAAACUCUUUCUGGAGAUGCUGGAUGCCAAGAUCUAGACUAGUUCGGUCUAGAUGCCAAUGGAGGUGGAUUGAAAGAAAACCUAGUGAUGGCGUUAUAGGGCAGCUGAACUUGGGAAUGGGAAUCAGAGGAAGGUUGAUGUAUUUCUUCACUUGGUCUUUGGUGACUUGUUGAAGGAAGAACUCUUUUCAGACAUGCAUCAGUUAAGUGGCGCAACUCUUUGGAGAGCUCAGGCAGCUAAACUGCACUUGAAGAUGCGAGGUUAAAGGGACAGUUCAUCCGAAAUGAAACUUCUGUCAUUAUUUUUAUGUUGUUUAUUUUUUGAUGAGCACGUAAACAAUGAAAGUGAAUGGUGAUAAACACAAAAAGUUGAAUGAUAGUGACUGACACAGUUAGUCACCGUUCACAGAUUUUCGGACGUUUGUCUAAAAAAAUGAUAUUAUUAUUGGGUUGAAAUAACCUGAGGAGGAAUAAAUUAUGUUAGAAGUUUCUUUUUUUGUGUGAACUACUGCUUUACCAUGCUCAGCCUCAAUGAAGCACAAUCUUGAUGUUGUAUUAUUUAUUUGAUCUGUAUGAAAUAAGAAGAGAUUAUCAUUUGAUACGGUGUUGGCAAUAGAGUCGAUGUAAUUUUUGUAUUUCCUAGUGUUUUACAUAUAUCAAUAAUUUUUGUAUCCUUUUAGAAUAUUGUCAAUCUAGAUUUGGGAAUUUGGUUACUUGUGUGAUGGCAAAGCUUUAUUUUUGCAAAACUGCUACAGCGAUAAAUGGCAAAAUGUCAUAAAAUAUCAAUAAUACAUGUCUGUAGUAUAUUCUCAUGGAGCAAUACGCCUUUUUAUUUAUAGUCUAAUUUAUUAAAUCCUAUACAUCUACAGCUAUUUAUAUGAGAAUAAACUAUUUUAAUUUUUAAA